AUGUCUGCUCAAUCUCCUGAGAACGGGCCUCCCUCUCCUCGCUCCGCCGCAAGCCCGCUCAAUUCAUCAGUCCCAUUUAUCCCCAUAUCUACACUUGCGCCUCGAACGACAGAGAGUGGCAAUCCACAGUCUAUUUCCAUGUCUACUGUCGCAAUGACUACGCCUCUGCCGACGCUCGGUCUUCGGGGUGAAUACAACCCAGAACUUCGGAAACGCAAUGAAUGGGCCAGGCUGGCUACCACACUCACUGCUCUGGAGGCAAUGAAAGAAGCUUCGCCGGGGCCCCCGAAAACAGAUUUCAGUUCUCUGUGGGCUGCUCGAGAUGCCGACUUCAGCUUCGAACUUGUCUACCAGAACCGAACCCUGUCGACAUUUGAUGUCCUUCAUCAAAUACACUCCAUCAAGCUCAAUGCACUUUUGUUAACCCCUAAUCGCCUGAACGUAACUACGAGACAUCACACAGCGACUGCAAUUCAGAAGUUUACUGAAGCCAACAAGAACUCAUUGGGGGCUAUCGUGUACUUGAUGGAUGCGACAUCGUCGGGCAACGAACAGAUUGAGGCAUUGCAGUCUCUCGGUGCCCUACACCACUGCCUUUCAUUGGGCUUCGCAGAACCACCCCCUGUCCUUGUAGUGUCUGAUGCAUCCUACCUACUGGAUUGCAUAGGCGCUUACAUGAAGAGUGUCUCACGGGCAAACCCGGUGAGUUAUAGUCGAAUGGCAAGCCUUGCCUUGCAUCAGUCAUUUGCUCAUAAUCACGAUUAG